UCUCAGUCGAUAUAUGACUACGGCUCGGGUUUACACAUAGUCGACAUUCAGGUCCCACCUUCCUCAAUACAACUUCCAAGCUCGCAAUCACAGCAUGGCCCACCUCGCUACACAGAAGGCCUUACUCCUCCCCGCACGCGCCGGGAAAUGGUACGUGGGCGACGCACCGAUCCCACGCCCCGGCCCGCAGGACGUGCUCGUGAAAGUGCUAGCCGCCGCACUGAACCCUAUCGACUGGAAACUCGUCGAUUCACCUUUCACCGCCCUCAUUCCCGAGUUCCCGUUUAUCUCUGGCACGGAUGGUGCCGGGAUCGUCGAGGAGGUCGGCUCGGAGGUCACGACGCUCCAGAAGGGCGAUAAGAUCGUCUUCCAGGGAUGGUUCUCGAACCCAUAUGCGACAUUCCAGCAAUACUGUCUCGUCCCUGCGCCUGUCACAGCAAAGAUUCCAGAGGGCAUAUCCUUUGAUCAGGCUGCGUCAAUUCCGUUAGGUCUCGCGACCGUCGUCCUCGCUCUUUGGGAUCACAACCCUCGGACGGAGAAGAGCAUCCGUCUGACGCCUCCUUGGGAGGAGGGCGGCUUGACCCAAUACGCAGGCAAGCCUGCCUUCAUCAUUGGAGGUGCCUCGUCUGUCGGACAAUAUGCCAUCCAGAUGGCGAAGUACCAAGGCUUUUCCCCGAUCAUCACGACCGCCUCCCCGCACAACACCGAGUUGCUCAAGUCGCUCGGUGCGACGACCGUGCUCGACCGCAACCUCCCGGCCUCGCAGAUCCUCGCAGAGCUUCCCAAGCUUACGGGCGGGAAACCGCUGGAGUUCGUGUACGAUGCGAUCUCCCUGGCCGACACCCAGUCGCUCGCAUACGAGGCCCUCGCCCCCCGCGGCUCGCUCGUCAUCGUCUUGCCGGAGCUGAUCCCUUCUGAGCUCAAGAAGUCCUCGGACGGAAAGAAGAUAGCGAACGUAUUUGGGAACGUGCAGCACCCGGAGUGCCGGCCGUGCGGCGAGGAGCUGUACAAGCGUUUGACUGAGUGGCUGGAGCAGGGGAUUGUGAAGCCCAACAAGGUUGAGAUUCUUCCAGGAGGGUUGGCGGGAAUCCCGGAGGGCCUUGCUCGUCUUGAAGCAUUCAAAGUUAGCGGCACGAAACUGAUUGCGCGUCCUCAAGAGACAGCGUGA